UUGGGUGGACCAAUCACACACAGUGAAGUGGCGCUCCUUAGUCUCAGGUCUGGAAGGACGGCCCGCUCUCUCCGUUGUUUUUCUUUUCAGCUUCCGGAAGGCUCUGUAGGUCGCGGAGCUGGCUAAGUCACUUUCCUGCGACUGAUAUAUUUGUUUCCGGCCCAUGGAGCCCGGCUGGGCGGCUAGGCUGUCCGCGCCCCGUGCUGGCACCCCUUCCGCCAUGUCGGACACGGACAGCGACGAGGACUCCGCAGGAGGAGGCCCGUUUUCUUUAACCGGCUUCCUGUUCGGCAACAUCAACGGAGCAGGGCAGCUGGAGGGCGAAAGCGUCCUGGAUGAUGAGUGUAAGAAACAUCUUGCAGGCUUGGGGACUUUGGGUCUGGGCAGCUUGAUCACUGAACUCAUGGCGAAUGAAGAAUUGGCUGGGACUGGUGGUGCCUUGCUAAAUGAUGAAGGCUGGAUUAGAAGUAGAGAAGAUGCUGUGGACUAUUGAGACAUUAGUGAGGUGGCAGAAGAUGAAAGCCGAAGAUAUCAGCAGACGAUGGGGAGCUUGCAACCCCUUUGCCGAGAUUAUAAUGAAGAUGACUCUGAUGCUGACUGUGAAGAUAUUGAUUGCAAGUUGAUGUCUCCAGGACCAGUGAAGAAAGAGAGGAACCAAGAUGGUGUUACUGGUGUGUCUGAAGAUGGAGAAGAUGGAGAAGGCAUUAUCUUGCCCUCCAUCAUUGCCCCUUCCUCUUUGGCCUCAGAGAAAGUGGACUUCAGUUGCUACUCUGGCUCAGAAUCUGAGAUGGGAGCUAAGGAUUCAACACAGGCAGAAUCUAAGGAUGGAAAGCUGACUCUACCAUUGGCUGGGAUUAUACAGCUUGAUGCCACCAAGCAGUUGCCAAGUGUCACAGAAGUUUUUCCAGAAUUUAGGCCUGGAAAGAUCACAAUGUUGGCUCCUAUGAAGUCGAAGUUUUCCCAGUCAACUGGAGACAUUGAUAAAAUGAUGGAUACCAAACCAAAAGUGGCAGAAUGGUGUUAUGGACCUGCCCGGUUGUGGUACGACAUGCUAGGAGUCCCUGAAGAUGGCAGUGGGUUUGACUAUGGCUUCAAAAUGAAGAAGACUGAACAUGAACCUACAACAAAAUGCGACCUGGUGAAGAAAUUAAGAAAACCUGAGGAAAGCAAUGGCGUUGAUCUUCUGGCAGAUGAAAACUUCCUAAUGGUGACACAACUGCAUUGGGAAGAUGAUAUCAUCUGGGAUGGGGAGGACGUGAAGCACAAAGUAACAGAACCUCAGCGUGCAAGUAUGGCAGGAUGGCUACCUUCCAGUGUGACUAGGAAUGCUACGGCUUACAAUGUUCAGCAAGGUUUUGCAGCCACAUUGGAUGAUGAUAAACCUUGGUACUCCAUUUUCCCCAUUGAUAAUGAAGAUCUGGUGUAUAGACGUUGGGAGGAUAAUAUCAUUUGGGAUGCUCAGGCCAUGCCUAGGAUUUUGGAGCCUCCUGUCUUAGCACUUGAUCCCAAUGAUGAAAACUUGAUUUGGGAUAUCCCUGAUGAGAAGGAAGAAGCUACUUCUGAUUCCCCUUCCAAGGAGAGUAAGAAAGAACCAUCUGUGAAGAAGAGUCGAAUUCUCUUAGGAAAAACAGGAGCCAUCAAGGAAGAGCCACAGCAGAACAUGUCUCAGCCAGAAGUGAAAGAUCCAUGGAAUCUCUCCAAUGAUGAGUAUUACUAUCCCAAGCAACAAGGUCUUAGAGGCACUUUUGGAGGGAAUAUCAUCCAGCACUUAAUUCCAGCUGUAGAAUUACAACAGCCCUUCUUUCCCACCCACAUGGGACCCAUGAAACUCCGACAGUUCCAUCGCCCACCUCUGAAAAAGUACUCCUUUGGUACAUUAUCUCAGCCAGGACCACCACACUCAGUCCAGCCUUUGCUGAAGCCCAUCAAGAAGAAGGCAAAGAGAAACCCAGUCUGUGGUGCCCUGCAUCCCACAGUUCUGUCUGGGAUGGUGAGAUGGGCGUGCAAGCAGGUCUCUGGGCUGGCAGAAUUCAGAACAGUUUCCCAGUAUCUUUUCGAGGGAUGGAUUCAAACUGGUGGGCGAAUCCUGGUGAAGUCUGAUUUUCGUUUACCAACAGAAGAGGAGAUCAGAGCUAUGGUAUCCCCAGUACAGUACGUGCUUAUUAUAGCAUGAUAGCUGCAGAGCAGAGAC